AUAUUUACUAUUGAGUAUUUUUAAAUUGACAUUUAAUAGCUGUAAAUCACUUUAUUUCUAGUAGAAACUUUUUCAUAGGACAUACGUGCGUAAUCAAAAUUAUAUCACAACGCGAGGGAUGAGUAAGCGAUAAAUUCGUUAACGUACUAGUUUUCCUGAUGAUAAAAUGCAAGGGGAUGGUAACAGAGUGGGGACAAUGGGGUUGCGCCGUAUCGAGAAAGCUCUUCUCCCUUCGCCUCAUGUCCAUACAUAUGUAGUAUAGCUACUGGGCUUGAUACUGCGAGAACUAUCCACCUCAGUAAGCUAUCGUGCGUGCUCAUAAGCUCUUCGUAAUUUAUAAAAUUAUUUGUGAAAAAUUCGUUUAUAUCAAUCAGUCCGUUAAAAAUAGUUUUUCAUAAUUUUGUUGAUAUUGAUAUAUGUAAAUGAAUAUUUAACUCAUUGUGUUAUUAGCUGAUUCAUUAUUUCAACAAAAAAUUACUAAAAAUGUCACCGCUGAACGGAUCUUGUGUAGCUGAGUCAAGCUCUGUACGAAGCCUUUCAUCUGACGAUGUUUCAGCAAGUAAAUCCAGCAAAAAAAAAUCCUGUUGGACAAGAGCGACAGAUCCUGCUCACCGUCGUGGACGUAGGAUCCAAUUACUUCAGAUGCUAGUGCUUCCUUUUAUACCGAUACUAGCUUUGAUUGUUCAAACUGCUAAUACUCUUCAUGAUAUUCUCAUCUAUAGACAGGAAGUUUCUGAUAUUGAAACUCAGGUAACUAUUGCUACAGAUCUUGGCAAAGUCGUCACAGGAAUGCAAUUAGAACGAUCUGAAGUAGCAUUUUUUAUCUACACCAACGGAAGUCGACUACGAUUCAAUUUGACUCAACGAUAUGCUGUCACCGAUCAAACCUUGAAAAAUAUGACGACAUGGCCACUUGUCACUGUAUCUCGAGAUGAAUCAAAUACCCAAACAUAUGAUGUUAUCAACAAAGAAGCCUUUCAAGCACGCCUUGAUGACUUUAGGCAAAAAAUAAGCCCCGAAGAGAGUACAAUUGCUGAGGUAAUGGCUUGGUACACUAGUGUUAACGCAGCAAUGUUAGAUAUUCUAACUAAUCAAAUUAAAGAAACAGAUAAUAGUGGAGUGUGGAGAUAUUUAAUAGCUUUUAAAAAUCUGUUGAGAGGUAUUGAAAGCCUUGGUAUUGCUUCAGUUUAUGGAAUAAAUUAUUUUGGUCGUGGAAUACUUGUGGGUGACAAUUACGUCAGUUAUGUACGACAUGAAGCUCUCAGCAGAGAUCUUUUGAAUGGUUCUCUAAGCUAUGUUCCAAGUCUUAAAAACCUUUACGCCAAUUUAACACGCACAAUGCCUGAAUAUGGAAGAAUUAAAUCGAGACGAGAUGAGAUUUUAAGAAACUUGAGGCGAGAGCCGAGUGUUGAUGAUGCGAUAGCUUACUUUGAUUCAAUGGCCAUUUAUGUGGACGAAUUGCGGAAAUUACAACAAGAGUUACGUCACAUGAUAAGGGAUCAUGUUAAUUCAACAUUAAAAGAUGCCAGUAACAAACAAGCUGCUGGUAUUGCCAUUGUUGUUUUGGUUCUUGUCAUAUCACCAAUAAUAAUUAUUCUCGUUCGCAAUGCAGUCGCAACAAUUCAGAUGUAUGCAGCAAAUCUCGCACAAAAAGCACGUGAGUUAAAGCGUGAAAAAAGAAAGAGUGAUACAUUAUUAUUUCAAAUGCUACCUCCGAGUGUUGCUCAACAACUGAAACAGACGCAGCAGGUUCCAGCUGAGUAUUAUGAAGCAGUCACUGUAUACUUCAGUGAUAUUGUUGGAUUUACGGAAAUUGCUGCUGAAAAUACACCUCUCGAAGUGGUAACUUUUUUAAAUUCUAUUUACAAAUUAUUUGAUGCUCGAAUUGAAUGCUAUGAUGUUUACAAAGUUGAAACUAUAGGUGAUUCCUAUAUGGUUGCAUCAGGCCUACCUGUUCGAAAUGGUGACAAACAUGUAUCAGAGAUUGCAACAAUGGCUCUUGAUCUUCUAGAUGCAUCAUCAGUAUUUCAAGUUCCUAAACGUCCCGGAGAACGUUUACAAAUUCGAAGUGGAGCUCAUACUGGUCCAGUAGUUGCAGGUAUCGUUGGAACAAAAAUGCCACGAUAUUGUUUAUUUGGUGAUACAGUUAAUACUGCCAGCAGAAUGGAAUCAACUGGAGAAGCACUUCGAAUCCAUAUCAGUUUAGAAAUGAAAAAAGCUUUAGAUGCAGUAGGAGGUUUCAAAAUCCAGCAUCGUGGUUUAGUCGAUGUUAAAGGCAAAGGUCUGAUGGAUACAUAUUGGUUAGAAUGUAAAGACGGUGGAAUAGCACGUGCUGCUGAACUAGAUCUUCCAACCUUCUUUGAGGAUGUACGACCAGUUUUCAUGAGGCGACUCCGUGAAGAAGGCAAAAAAACACGAAGAUCUCAACCUAAUCUUCAUAUCAUUACAGUUAGAAAGCCACCAGAAUCACAAUCUAGCAUUGAAUCCCAAGACUCAGCAAUAACCUAUCAAGGCACAAGAUCGACACGAUCAUCUUGUCCACCAAGUUAUUCUCCAGCAAGUCAAAGAAGUCGUUAUUCUCAACCGAAUCUUCCAACUCUCAUGAUUCCUUAUAGUGAUCAUCAUAGAUCAAGUCUCUCUCCAGAUCGGAGAAUCAGAAUGUCUCAACCAACAUUAAAUUCAAGCUUUUCUGGUAUGAGUUUUGGUGGUAUCAAAGGAUCAAGAUUUUCUUAUUCGAGUUUAAGAACAUCUGGAGACAAUAGUAUCAAUAGCCAUAUUCAAGAAGAAAGAUUAUCAACUCCAAAUGUUCAUUCUUUUGGAGACACGACUACAAAAUAUGUCGGAGUUCAUCGAGGUUCACGGUUGUCACAACCCGAUAUUAGACGUAUUCUUCGUUCUGCUGAUAAUACCGGAAAAAGAGAACGAUUAUCACAGCCUACCCUAGUAACUGGAGAUUAUUAUCCCCAGCGUGUACAACAUCAACGAUUAUCUCAGCCUUGUUUAUUGAGUACUUGGAAUGAGAAACCAAUUGGCUUACUUUCACCUAUAAAACACAAAAAGUUUGGUCCUUCAUUAAAGGUCAGUCAACGAGAUAGAUUACAUCAAUUAGACUUUGGAGCUGCAAGAUUUAAGUAUAAUAAGGAUGUACAUGCCUCGACUAAAUUUAAUCGUGACAGAUUUUCAAUACCUGAAUUAGAAACGCAAAAUGACUUGAAAUUAAUCGUUGGAACACCAAAACAAAGAUUUAGUCUCGAUAGUCAAUUGAAUCCAGAAGCAAACAGAAAUCGAAGACUUCUUCCAAUUGCGAGCUCUCCGAUUUCAGAGCAUCAAGGAAUUUCUACUACUAAAGAAAUAGGAAAGGAACCACAAUUUAUUCCAACUGAUGGAUUAGAAAAUGUUAUAGUCGCAACAGCAUCACCUUUGAUGCCACCAGCAGAAAGACAAUUUCUUGCUCCAAUUUUGAAAAUCCCACCAACUUUACCAAUACCAUCUCGAGAACGGAUGUCAGUACCAGAAAUAAGAAAUUCCAGUCUUCGUAGAUUAUUAGAUCCUCCAGCAAAACAAAGACACAGUAUUGCUGGAAGUUUUCGUCAAUCUUCUCUCAUUCAUCAAGAAUCCACUUCUGAAAGUGAAGAGCUUUUUAAAGGAAGAAUUCCAAAAGUAGAACUAGAAAAAAUGAUUGAAAAAGACGAAUUCAUGGAUCAAAUAGAAGAAAAAGUUGAGCCUAAACAUAUUCAAAAACAUUAUGCAUAUACUUAUGAUACUAAAGAUGAAUCAAGUGAAGUUAUAGGUAAACUUAGUGUUGCAUUACCGAGAAAAAAAUAUUUAGAAAGUAAUUUUGAUGAAAAUGAACAAGUUAUAACGACUGUUAUUGAAACAGAAAUACCGAUGAUACUUAGUAGUCCAAAGUACAUGAAAAAAACCCACGUUUAUGGAAGUGAACCACCGAAAUGGAUGAAAAAAUGUCUCGAAAGUCCGGGGAAAAAAAAUGAUUCGGAUCAAGUUUUAAAGAUUAAUUUAAAAAAUAAAAUGAAAACAAAUGAAAAAAGUCCUGAAAAGUCGAAAAAAAAAUCAUCACCAAAGAAAAUAACUUCUGAUAAGUAUUUAAUAAAGUCUGAUAAAUCUCCAGAUCUUGUAACAAUGGCUGUAAGUGAUGAGUACAAAGCUAAAGAGACUUGUGUGAAAUUGAAAUCAUCAAGUAAUCAUGGAGAAAAUAAAUAUGAAGUAACAAUUAAUUCAGAUCGAUUAGAAUCGGAUAUCUGUAGAAUUUAUGGGCUUGAUUGUGAUACAGAAAGUGAAGAUUCAACUUCCGUAUAAAAAAGUAUAAAAAUUAUUUUUAAUUAAAAAAAUAAUUAUAAAUAGUUAAAUCAUUUUAUUAUUUGUUCAUUUACGUUUAUAAAAUCAUAUAAAUGUAAUACUCUUUUUUACACUUUUUUAAAAUUAUGCUUUGA